AUGAUUUUGAAGAGUUUACGAAAAUUUGUUGUGAAUGAAAUUUUAGCAAAUUCCAACACGACGUUCACUGCUUGCUAUUCUCAUGGACCGUGCGCUCAAGGAUAUAAUUUCAUACCGAUCGCGUUCGGUAUUAUGCUGUAUGCCGUUUACAUUAUGGAAUGUUGGCAUAAUCGUGUUAAAAUUUCCAAAAUUAAAAAGGUGCAUCAUUUGGAAGCAUUAGAGUAUAUCGAGAAGAUGCGAGAGGCUGCACCGAUUGUCUGGUGGAAGAGCAUUUGCUACCAUUACGUGAGGAGAACAAGGCAGGUCACGAGGUUGGUGACUAUUCAAUUUACGAUUAAGACAGUGACUGUUCAAGUCAGAUAG